AUGAAUAUCCUAAAUAAUUUAUUAUCAAUAGAAGAAAAUGAUCCAAAUGAAGCAAAAAACAAUAAUAGUGCAUCAACUGCUGCUUCUACUCCAACUACAUCAAAUUCAAAUACUUAUAUGGCUGAUAAAUUAAUGGAAAAAGUUAUAUCAAUGAUUAUACCCAAUGAAACUGGUGAUGAAUUACAGACUAAAAUAAUGGAAGAUAGAUUAGAAUGGCAAAAGACAAGACCAGCAUUAAGUUUUGCAAUUAUGCAAAAAAAUUCAAAUAUGUUACAUCAAAGAAACUCCGAAACAUAUAUACUUUUCAAUAAUGUAUUGAAAUUUUUAAAUUGGAAAGAUCCAUACUAUACAAUUGCGAUAUUAUUAGUUGUAACUCAUAUAAUAUUAAAACCGUAUCUUAUUUCCAUCCUACCUUUUGUUUUAUUGAUUAUUCGAACUUUAAUUCCUCAUUAUCUUAUAAUAUAUCCACAAGAAUCAAAUAAAUUAAGUAUAUCCAAUCAACCAUUGUAUCCUCCAAAGAUACCUAAACCAGCCCCAUUAUUUUCAAAAGAAUUCUUUGUUAAUUUAACAGAUACGCAAAAUUUCAUGAAUUUACAAAUUUAUUCAUUUGAUUUCUUUGUUUGGUUAACUUCAGAUUAUUUCUAUUUUAAAAAUGAACAAAUAAGUUCAAUAAUAUUAAUUGGAUCACUAAUACUUAUAAUAUUCAAUAUAUUUUUCAUUCCCUCCAUCGUCCACUUCCUAUAUUUGAAUUUUUGGAUAUUACAAAUAAGUUUAAUAAGUUUCAUAUGGACAAUUUCAAUUCUUUUUCAUCCUUAUCCAAGGGAAAUUAUAUUACAAUAUGUGUAUAAUGAAGACACAAGAAUGAAUUGUCAAAAUUAUGUAAAUAAAAUCGAAGAUAGAUUGACGAGGUUCUUAAUUCAUGAUAAUCAAGUUGAAAAAUUUCAAGAAAGUCCUGAAUUGAUUGACUAUUCAUCAGAUUAUAAAAUCGUGGAAAUAUUUGAAUUGCAGAAAUUAAAUAAGGCGAAUAAAAUAUGGGAAUUUAUCGGGUUUGGAAAUGAUACAUUUGUGGCUAAUUCAGUAAUAAGGAAAUAUAAUGAAAUUGAAACUGAUAAAGAUAAAUUACAAUUGAAUGUGAAGGAGAGUAUCAAUGAUAUUUUUCCACCACUUGAUUAUAAGUAUGUAAAAGAUUCUAAAUGGAUUGUUGAUAUGGAUGUGUCUUUAUGGACUAAAGAUUUAAUGAUUAAGGAUCUAGUAUUGAUUGAUGACGAUGAGAAAUGGGCUUAUGAUAUAAUUAUUGAGAAUGAAAAUGAUAAUGAAAAUGAUUUAAAUGUAACUGAUGAUGCUGAGUAUUAUAGAAGAAGAAGAUGGAUUAGAAAAGUUGUUCGUGAAAAUUAUAAAGAUAAAGAUGUACCUCAAGCUCAUUCACAUCUUGCGGAAUGGUUAAGAUAG